AUGUCCGACGAUUCGAAAAAUGUGCCGCGGACCGUGUCGGUUCUGGUGCCGACGCCGUCGCCGGUGCCUUACACAUAUGCGCUGCCGGACGGCGUUUCGGCGGACCCGGGCGCGAUCGUCCAGGUGCCGCUCGGACCGCGCCAGGUGGCCGGAAUCGUCUGGGAGGUCGGGGAUAACGGCAACGACAUCGAUCCCGCCAAGCUGCGCCCGGUCACGACGGUUUUCGAUUGUCCGACGCUGACGCCGGACAUGCGCCGUUUCAUUGCGUGGGUGUCGCGCUACACGCUUUCGGCGCCGGGCAUGGUGGCGCGCAUGGUGCUGCGCGCCCCUGCGGCGUUCGAGCCGGAAGCGCCGGUCGCGGGCCUCGCGCUGACCGAUGAACGCCCGCAGCGGAUGACAUCGGCGCGUGAGCGCGUGGUGGCGCUGGCUGCCGAAAGCAGCCCCAUGGCGUGGACCCGUUCGGGCCUUGCCCAUGCGGCCGGUGUCUCGCUUUCGGUGGUGGACGGGCUGGCUGCGGCCGGCACGUUCGAGGCCGUGACCCUGCCGCCCACAGCGAUCGUGGCACCGCCCGAUCCAAAUCAUGGCCCGCCGGACCUUCAUGACAGUCAGGCGCGCGCGGCCGAGGCGUUGACGGGCGACAUUCAGGCGGACCGGUUCGCCGCAACGCUGCUGGAAGGGGUGACGGGCGCGGGCAAGACCGAGGUCUAUUUCGAGGCGAUUGCGGCGGCCGUCAGCGCAGGCCGGCAGGUUCUGGUGAUGCUGCCGGAGAUCGCGCUGACGCAGGCCUUCAUCGAUCGGUUCGAAGCCCGUUUCGGCGCGCCGCCGGCGCCGUGGCAUUCCGACCUGCCGCCGAAAACCCGCGAGAAGGUCUGGCGGCAGGUUGCCGAAGGAUCGGUCGAGGUUGUCGCCGGCGCGCGUUCGGCGCUGUUUCUGCCGUUUGCCGAUCUCGGGCUCGUCAUCGUCGACGAAGAGCAUGAUGCCGCCUAUAAGCAGGAGGAUCGCGUCUAUUACAAUGCGCGCGACAUGGCUGUCGUACGCGCCAAACUGGCCGAUUGUCCGGUGGUGCUGGUCUCGGCCACACCAUCGGUUGAAACCCGUCACAAUGCGCUGGAAGGCCGCUACCGGCAUUUGCGCCUUGACCGCCGCCACGCCGAUGCGGCGCUGCCCGACGUCGCGCUUGUCGACAUGCGCCAGAACCCGCCCGCCCGGGGCGGGUUCCUGUCACCGGUCCUGCUCGAUGCGAUGGCACAAACGCUCGAAAAGCAGGAACAGUCGCUCCUGUUCCUCAACAGGCGCGGCUAUGCACCUUUGACGCUGUGCCGGGUGUGCGGACAUCGCUUUGCCUGUGAGAACUGUUCGGCCUGGCUGGUCGAACACCGGUUCCGGGGCCAAUUGCAGUGCCACCAUUGCGGCCAUCACGAGCCCGUCCCCGAAGCCUGCCCCGAAUGCGGCACGUUCGACCAUCUGGUGGCCUGUGGGCCGGGCAUCGAGCGCAUCGCCGAGGAAACGCUGACGCAUUUCCCCGAUGCGCGGGUGAUCGUCCUGUCGUCGGACAUGGCCGGCGGCGUCAAGCGGCUGCGGCUCGAGAUGGAGGCGAUCGCCAAGGGAGAGGCGGACAUCAUCAUCGGCACGCAACUGGUCGCCAAGGGCCACAAUUUCCCGCUUCUGACGCUGGUCGGCGUGGUCGAUGCCGAUCUGGGUCUGGCAAACGGCGAUCCGCGCGCCGCAGAGCGAACGUUCCAGCUCUUGUCGCAGGUGACCGGACGCGCGGGCCGAACCGGCCGGCAAAGCCUUGGCCUGAUUCAAACCUUCCAGCCUGACCAUGCGGUUCUGAAAGCCUGCGCCAGCGGCGAUGCGGAAGCGUUUUAUGCCGCGCAACUGGCCGAACGUGAACGCGGGCGCAUGCCACCCUUCGGCCGGCUGGCGGCGGUAAUCGUGUCUGCAACCAACCGCCCUGACGCCGAGGCGCACGGACGGGCAUUGCGUGCCGCUGCGCCCUCAUCGAGCGACAUUACGGUCUUGGGUCCGGCCGAGGCGCCGCUCGCCAUGGUGCGCGGCCGCCACCGGUUCCGACUGCUGGUGCAUGGUUCGGAACGCGCCGACAUGCAGGCCUAUCUGCGGGCGAUGAUCGCGACCGCGCCCAACCCCCGCGGCUCGGUCCGCGUUGCGGUCGAUGUCGAUCCGCAGAGUUUUCUGUGA